GGUAAGAGGCUAAAGGUCUAUUUUCCAGCUAAUCAUUUACUCUUCUGAACAAAAACACGGCUUGUUUGACAAAAGGGUUUACAAGAGUGGAAAGAAAAAGCAUAAAAGCCGGCAUGUGGUGUGGUGGUGAUGGUAUGGGCCAAAUUGAGAAUUAAAAUAGUAAAAGUGGUAUUUUUCAGUUUUCAAAAAAUUAUAAUAUUUCUUUCGAAAAAGAAAAAGAGGAAAUUCGAUGGUCUGGUCUGGUCUGGCAACAAGAGCAAGACAAGAGGAAGGGAGAGAGAAGAGAGAGUGAUGUUCACGCUACCUCUUUGUGAAUAAAGUACCAUCUCCCAGCAGUAAGCAAUCAAGUAGCUUCUAUCUUUUUAGUUUUAGCUAAUAAACUCCGUUUUCCAGUAAUUACAGCCACCUCCUCAGACAAACAGACAAGAUACAGGUUAUCGGAAGAGCUUCAUCGACGAACUCAGAUUCUGCUUCAUCUGACCGGAUCUACACCGAAGUUAAGCCUUUUUCUGAUUUGGGUUUGGAGGGAAUUUUGGAUUCUGGUUGGGAUUAAUGGAUUGGGAACAGCAGCGGCGGAAAAGGAAGCGUUUUGGGAGGUCGAGUUCGCAUGUACAGUUCUUUACUCGGAGAUCUCUGUUUCUUUGUCUCUCUUUUUUUGCUUUUCUCUUGUUUCUUUCAUCGAGUAGGUGGUUCUCCAUUGCGGCGGCGUCGUUCCGGCCAGUUCUCGAUGCUUCUUCUACCACUCUUUCCCGGUUGUCCACCUCUGCUAGCAAGUCCACACUUGACAAUUCUUUGAGCAGUAAGUAUUCGCCUUUGAAAAUUGAAAGUCGUGUCCUGUUCCCAGACCAUUUGCUUUUGAUGGUCUCCGGCGAAUUCGGUCGAGAUGAGAAAUUGGAUUGUUUGUACCACAAAUCUGUCGCUAGAGGUUCGGACCGUGAGACUCUCAAACAGUCUGUUCUAUCCACGGAUAAGUACGAUGAGUUCCGAUCGAUUGCCAGAUGUCCAUUACCUCCACUGAAUUACUCAGCCUCCGCCGUGGACUUGAGGAGGGGCGGCGUGGAAGCUGAUGACCAUUGGUUGGUCAGAAAUAGGCACCCAGUUGCCUCGUGGGAGAGGGUAGUUUAUGAGGCAGCUAUUGAUGGUAAUACGGUUGUGGUAUUUGCCAAGGGACUAAAUCUCCGACCACACAGGGAAUCAAAUCCGGCUGAAUUCAGCUGCCACUUUAGACUGGGGAAUUCCAACAAUAACGGAGAAUACGUGCAUACCACAAAAGCAGUAGCUGCAGCUCAAGAAAUUAUCCGAUGCUCCUUGCCAGCCAGUGUACCGAGCAGUUUAGACAAGGAAAAGGGAAUUCGUGUUACAGUGAGCCGCGGCAGUAUCCAUAGUAAAACCCAUCUACAGGUGACUCUGCCAUCAGUGGCCAGACUCUUCGACUCCAAACUAAGUGACCUGCAAAGAAAUCAGGAAAAACAUGAGCUUUGUGUGUGCACAAUGGUGUGGAAUCAAGCAGCAGCACUUCGUGAGUGGAUUAUGUACCAUGCCUGGCUUGGAGUGGGGCGCUGGUUCAUCUACGACAACAAUAGUGAUGAUAACAUCGAAAAAAUCGUUAGAGAGCUCAACCUGGAAGAUUACAAUAUCAGUAGGCUUACCUGGCCAUGGCUUAAAACUCAAGAAGCUGGUUUCUCACACUGUGCUUUGAGAGCUAGAGAUGAAUGCAAGUGGGUUGGUUUCUUUGAUGUUGAUGAGUUUUUCUACUUCCCUUCAAAGUAUCGCCAUCAGCGAGAGUAUCAUACUGCUGGUCGUAAUGCACUUCAUUCUCUCAUUGCCGAGUCAUCUGCUUCAAGUUCUAAUUCAACAACCAUUGCUGAAAUUAGAACGGCCUGCCAUAGUUUUGGACCAUCGGGUUUAACAUCACAUCCGCCACAGGGAGUAACAAUGGGGUACACUUGCCGGCUCCAGAGUCCUGAGAGACACAAGUCGUUUGUCCGGCCAGACUUGCUAGACAUAACACUUCUCAAUAUCGUUCACCACUUUAGGUUGAAACGAGGAUUUGGGUUCUUUGAUGUACCAAAAAGCAAUGCUGUCAUAAACCAUUACAAGUAUCAAGUGUGGGAAACUUUUCGAGCUAAAUUUUUCAGAAGAGUAGCUACCUAUGUUGUUGAUUGGCAGGAGGCACAGAAUGAAGGGUCGAAGGAUAGAGCCCCAGGGCUUGGAACAGAGGCAAUUGAACCACCUAAUUGGCGGUUACAGUUCUGUGAAGUUUGGGAUACUGGACUAAGAGAUUUUGUCCAGACUUUGUUCUCUGAUCCUUUGACAGGGUAUCUACCGUGGGAGAAAGCUUCUGGUUAACAAGUCUUGGCAACCUGCAGCUUAGUGACCUGUACACAGUAAUCAUACAGCAAGCAACUGAAUUUUUUGCUACAAAAGAAAUGUUUUACUGAUUAAUUUUUUUACUCCAUGCACAUGAUAUUGUUUAGUUACAGGUUUUUAACUCACAGUUUUCAGAUGUUGGAAUGAAAUUCUUUAUGAUUCAUACUUCAAA